AUUGACUCAGGACUUAGAAAUUAACUAGAUCACAAAAAUAAAAUGCUAGAAAUGUUUUACACUAUCCGGAAAGCAUGGUAUAUGAUACUUGCAGUUAUUGGUGUGCCUGCCAAUUUGGUGGCCAUUGCCAUUCUCCCCCGUAGUAAGUGUGGACUCUCUACUUGCACCAUUCGAUAUCUGGUGGCCAUGGCAGUGGCAGAUCUAUUGAUUAUUAUAUUUGAUGUCAUGAUGAAGCGAAUCAAUUUUUACUAUUUCCCAGGAUCUUUGCUGAAUGUUACAUAUAUCUGUACUGUGUUUAGGGUUCUUACUCAUGUAUCCACAGACAUGUCAGUCUGGUUCACUGUCACUUUCACUUUUGAUAGAUUUGUGGCAAUUUGUUGCCACAAGCUUAAAAGUAAAUACUGCACUGAGAAAAGUGCAGCCAUGGUGCUUUCAUCAGUUGGCAUCCUGCUCUGCCUAAAGAAUGUUCCAAUCUACUUCUUGUUUGAACCAGGAGAAAUAAUCAACAAAGUACCAUGGUUCUGUAAGAUAAAACCAGGCUGUUACACUGAGCCUGGAUGGGUGGGAUACGACUGGUUUGACACGAUUUUAAACCCAUUGCUACCAUUUGUAUUAAUUCUGAUACUGAAUGCUCUGACAAUCAAACAUAUUUUACUUGCCAGUCGAGUCCGUAAAGGGCUAAGGGGUCAGAGCAUGGGAUCAAAUCGUGGUGACCCAGAGAUGGAGACAAGAAAGAGGUCUAUGAUUUUACUCUUCACUGUAUCCAGCAGCUUCAUAUUUUUAUGGUUGACGUAUGUUCUGCAUUUUUUAUAUUAUAACAUCACAGGAAUGAAUCCAAGGUAUUACAGCAGUAAUGUUUAUAUUUUUAAAGAGGUUGGAUUUAUGUUACGGAUUUUAAGUUGUUGCACAAACACAUUUAUUUAUGGAGUGACUCAGUCCAAGUUUAGGGAGCAGCUUGUGAAAACAGUGGAAAAUCCAUUUAAACCAAUUAUUCAACACAUUAAGGAUAAAAACAAAUGAACAUACUCCAGAUCCAUGUCUGCACUCAUCCAGUGGUUGGAUAUAAUAUUUAGACUAUACUUAAAUCAAAUGAACAGUGUGAUAUGUGGAAAAGCUGGAUAAACGAUGUGGCACCACUGUAAAUGUGAUGCAACGCUAUGUUAAAAUCAGAGUUCUGACAAUUAGGUUGAGAGGUGCCAUUCAUUUGUAUUCCACCAAAACUACUCUGUGCAGGUUCAGUUCAACUGUUUAAGACAAAAUUCAUGUUUUACUGCAAAGAAAUAAGCUUAUCAUGAGACAAUGGAUCGAGCUGGUUUAGAAUAGAAUACACCACAUAUUAUAUAAAUGAUCUGACCAUUUUGCUGGCUUUCAGUGCAUUCCUGUGGUUUUUAACUACAUACUGAGAAAAACAUAUUCCCACAUCGAGACUCUUUGGAAUACAUUUUAUCCCCUGAUCGCUAGUUUUGGCUUAUGGCUCAAUGGGAACAGUCUUCUCUAUAUCUAUGUACAAUCCACUCAACCUUAAAGAAAUCUCUUAUGCUGACUUGACAUGUUGUAUUCAUUAUGCAGUAAAACAGUCAAACUCUUUCUAUUUUCCUGAUGGUUGGCCUUUCUAAUUUCUGACCAAA